CUAGACACUGCUCGCAACAAAACAGUGUGUGUGAAGUUACCUAGGCGACCGUACCACGUCUUCUGUUCUCCAACGAUCAUCCUGUAACGGGGUCACUACUUUCCACAACGUGCCUUCUUUGGACAGAAACUCUCAAUCCACAGACCUAUUGUAAUACAAACCAUAACACACAUUUUAAAGCAUUAGCGAACAGGAAUUUAGUUUUUUAAAACUGCAUUAAUAAUAGAAUAAAUUAAAACUAAUAACACCAACGGCCACCGAAAUAAGCAUACCAAACUAAAUAAUUAGCUCAGUUCGUUGCAGCGUAAGCAGCCUUGAAAAAAUACAGACUAUAAACCGAAAUCAUAUUUUGUCUACAAAAAAUCAACUUACGCAAUGCUUUGUACUCGGGCUGAUCAAUUAAGUCUUCGCUUAACAUCGACAGAUAAAGCAUCACGUAACCUCGAGUUACAACAUGCAAAAGUCUUCAUGAUUCACUGAAACGUUACAGUACAUCGUUUGGGGAAAUUAUCUGCAUUUUACAGAAGAAUCAUAAUAUUUCAGGGUAAAUAACAGUAAUGCUAUCAUAACUGUCAUUACACACACAAUUCCGAAGUGACCUGGGCAAGGGUGAGUUCGCUGUCACUGCUUUUACGUAAAUUAUAUUUCAAACUGAAAAUAAACUUUGGAGUUUGCACUUGCAACUGAUUUUAAGAACAAAUGAAUUGUGAAUCCGUAUAAUAAAGCAAGUAAAUUGCAUUGAAUAAAAUAAAAGAUCCGACAUAAUAACAAAAACUUUAAAGGAAUAUAAUUAGUUGAUGACAUGUCAUUUAAAAUAAACUUACAUAAGUGCGCAUGGUGCAAAGAAGAAAGAAAAGUCACCGUUGUGUGAAGAUACAUGAACCCGAAUGGACCUCAGACUUAUCUAAAUAUUAAGUGCGUUUCAUUAUUAGUUCCAGGAGCUAUUUUCGUAAACGCUAAAAAAAAGCAAGGCAUGUAACGUUUUACUGUUCCAGUGGACUAUUAACAAAACUAAUUGAACAAUUUCGCAAUUUCGUGUUAUCGCUAAUAAAUCUGACAGACAAUAUUUUUAAAGAAAUGUAUACUGUAGUUUCAUACCAAUACUGCAAUCUGAAUCUAUACUCGGUUUACUGCCGAGACACUGCGAGCAGAUCAAUCAAAUCAUAUUAAGAAAACGUGACGUUUCGACAACUUCGAAACCAAAUUACUCAUGUUGAAAUUACACUCCGAACAUAUACAUUCAAUCAAAAAACAAGUGGUGGACAAACAGUGACUGUUCUCAAAGAGAAUACAUCUUUAAUCCACAUGACCCGAUAUUAUUAAGCAACAUUAAGCAUGGGCCAUAAGAGGAAGCAGAAGCAACGCCUGAUUCCGGAGCAAGAUCGCCGGAUAUGCGGCAGUAUCUGUUUCUGUCAACUCACAGUAGUGAUAAGCUGUGUAGCUCUGGUGUAUCUGACUGUAGCCAUCUACAUCCCAUCCCACAAAGCGUUCAAAUCUGGGCUGGAGCCCGUGCCGGUCACGUGUCAGACUAUAAAGUCCAGUAACCCCAGGAACUGUCCGUGGGCAUCGUGCGGAGAAUGGUGCCUCACUAAGACGUCAGGCUUCUGUCCGCAGAUCAUGGUGACGACCAGGCGCAAUGGUACCGACAUGCAACUGGAGAACUGUUCCAGACUUCAAUCCUUCGCCUGUCCACCGGUGGACACAGCAGCACUGAAGAAGUUCAACUGCAACAAUGGGUCCGAGUGCGGAUCCUUGACAGGGCUAUUCAACUGCUCGCUAGGACACUGCGCCAACUGGAGCGAUGCGUAUCAGUGCAAAUACAAGGCGGAUGGCAUUUCACUAGACAGUGAGCGAGAUAACAUGAAGAUGAGCGGUUUCUUUGAGUGUACAAAAUCUCGUUGUGUCGAAAUAAAACAGCAGUUAAUUUGUGAUCGUUACUGUAAUAAAAUCGCGACAACAAAUGCUAAUGUAUUCGUCUUAUAUGAUGAUUUCGUGUACAGCGGAGAGUGUACAAAUGUUUUCGCGCUCACAAGUACAAAUGGAUCUGAUCCAGGCGAGAGAAUAGAACCCACCGAAAUUUGGCACAGGAACACAGAUCAAGUUCUGAUCACAUCGUGCCAGACAACGACGAAGACAACAGACGGUUUAGGCCUAAAAGCAACAGAUUGUAUCAACGGCACACUUCUGGACGAAGAUUUAAUCCCAACUCCAUCGAUGAAUUUCACGACACUGUGGGCCCUAUACGCAAACAAGACGCGACCUGUGGAUCCCACACAGAGGUUCCUGCCCAUGCAGUCGGAACUGACCAUCUACAACUCCAGCAGGCUGUACAUUAACCUGGACGCCUGCGUGAACACACUCCGAGGAGAGUGUAAGGAAUUCUUUGGCACCCACGGCAGGGACGGCAGGAACAAUUCGGCGCAGUCGCGGUUUCCCUGCUUCUAUGAUAAGAACAACGACUUUUUCGUAGUGGCGAGAUUCGAUCUACAGAAGACUUGGCGAGAGCUGGUGAUCGCUGUAGUGGUUCCAACAGUUAUGUUUAUCGUGUCUUCAGCCACUCUGUGUAUCAUCACGCGAUCGGUUAGUGUGGGAGACGACACUAAGAUGCGCUGCAAGUACUGUGUUGGGAGCGGAGACAUGAACGAUGUAGACAUGAGCCUCAGCCGUGGGGCUACUAGAAACAACACGAACGAAUGUCUUCUGCCACGCUCGGAAGACAAUGCUACUACGUAAGAACUGACAUGGAAUCAGACACCGGUUCCACAGUGUGCUGCAUCAGCUUCGAAGACGGUUUCAACAAUGAACGAGCCCUCAUGGAACAGUGACCAGUAUCAGACCAUCAAAACAACGUGGAACUGGUAAAGAAACUCGUCAUUAACACAGCGAGUGGCCGUGUAACUUUGUGUGAGCAUUAAUUCGAUUAAGUUUACAUAAAUACUGACUACUGCCUUUUCAUGUGUCGGUGUUCAGAAACACAGCCUGAAUGCUUUCAUCUAUUUGAAAUGUUAUAUCUCACAAUGCUUUCUUCGUACGACAUAAAACGAAUUAAGCGAGGAAAUGUUAACCAA